AUUACAAAGAGCCUUCAUUUAUAAUCGAACAUGCCUAAACAAAUUUUAGGAUUUUGAAGUGUUCGUAAAGAUAAAGUUGGAGGUCGACUUGUUUAAAGUACAGCAAGGUCACUGACUAAAAUGGCGGCAGCCAUGAAUUCCCUCUACUUGUUGCGUGGCCCAAUAUGUAUUCGAGCAUUCAACUUUAUCAAAUCCAUUAAUCAAACUGCCCAGAUCCAGCAUAAUGCAUUUAUUCGUCGCCCUCUUCAGUUCCGCAGGGUUUUGUCAUCUAUAAGAGCUACAAGCGAUGAAGAGUUAGCUGCUAGUGCUGCCGCUGCCAAUGCUGAUAGUGGCGCGCCAACAAUAUUUGACAAGAUUAUUUCCAAGGAGAUCCCAUGUUCAAUUGUGUACGAGGAUGAAUCUGUCCUUGCUUUUCGAGACAUCAGCCCACAGGCCCCAGUUCACGUUCUCAUCAUUCCAAAGCAACGCGAUGGUUUAACCCAGCUCGGGAAGGCUGAAAAAAGGCAUGAAGUGAUAUUGGGGCAACUUCUUCAUGCUGCUAAAAUAGUGGCAGAGAAAGAAGGCAUCAGUGAUGGUUUCCGCAUUGUUAUUAACAGUGGCGCAUCUGCCUGUCAAUCUGUUUACCAUCUUCACUUACAUGUUCUUGGAGGGAGACAGAUGAAAUGGCCACCAGGUUAAGAACAGAGUUAAGUGGAAGAGAAUGGAGCUUCAUUAGAACGUUCUCUCCUUUUCUUUUUUGUUAGUGUUGUUGCACCAACAAUUACUAUGGGGUUUUAGUUCGGAUAUCAGAACCACUAAAUAAUUACCUUCUCAAAAUGCAAAUAAUUGAAUCUAUAUAUAGCUGCACAGUGUUGGUAAUAAAAUUCAACAAAAAUCGAAAGAGAUUUUUGAUA